AUAUGAUUUUUAUAUAUGGGAAAUAAUUAUAAAUUUGUAAAAUUCGAAUUAAAAAAUUCAAAGGAAAAAAAAAGAAAAACUCAAUUUACAUAGAUACACUAAAAGAAAAAAAAGCUUAAAAUACGUUACGGUAACAAAAUUCACUCUAAAAUUAUGGGACACCACUUGGCAAAACUCUUGUUUAUAGUCCAGCCUACGUUUUCAAUUUUCAACGCCUAUUAGAAUCAAAGCUUAAGAGAGAGCUCCAAACUCAAAGCUCAGAGCUCAGCUCAGCCACCACCCAUCACCACCACCACAACCACAACCACAACGGCUGUCACAACCCACUUUCAAAACCCAGAAACAAUCAAGCAUAUCUACAUGGCCACCAACAUAUACAAUAGCAGAGCUUGGACUUGAAAGAAGAGUGUGGUUUUUGUUAGCAUUAAUUGUCAGACCACCACCACCACCACCACCACCACCACCAGUGGCCACCAGCUUUAAAGUGCCAUUAAUAUUCCUGGUAACGUUCUUUCACCGCAAACUUGGAGUAUCUUUUGACUUAUAUUCAACACAUCUUCUACUUAUAAAGAUUUAAAAGACACUUAAAUUAGCUUUUUGAAGUGUACUCAGGUACUUAUGGUUUCAACUCUUUAGUGUAAAACUCAAGCAUCCUUCCUUUCUUCCACAAAAAUCUUCCUCACAUGCAUUUUGUCUCCUAGAUUUGUACUUCCUCUCCAAUCUUUUUCUCUAUCACCGUUGCCAAAAAGACUUCCAUUUAUCAUUCAUCACCACCUCAUCAUCAUUAUCAUCAUCAUCAAGAUUGUUUCUUUUAGUCAAAUACCCCAAAUGGAAAAAUUAAACCAUUCUUACUUACUAUCCUUAAUCUUGAUACUAUUAGCCAUUGAAACAUCAGUACUUUUUGUAGCCUCUCUUUCUCCUGAUGGAGAAGCACUUCUAUCUUUAUUAUCAGCAGCUGACCCUGAUGCAAAAUCAUCAUCAUCAGUCCUUUCUUCAUGGAACCCAUCAAGCCAAACUCCAUGUUCAUGGCAAGGCAUUACUUGUUCUCCACAAAAUAGAGUCAUUUCUCUUUCUCUUCCUAACACAUUUCUUAAUCUGUCUUCUCUCCCAUCAGAACUCUCUUCUCUUGCUUCUUUACAGCUUCUCAAUCUCUCAUCAACCAAUAUCUCUGGUACAAUCCCUCCUUCUUUUGGCCAACUUACCCAUCUCAGGCUUCUAGACCUCUCCUCUAACUCUCUUUCAGGUUCUAUACCACAAGAACUUGGUCUCCUCUCUUCACUUCAGUUUCUUUACUUAAACUCUAAUAGAUUAUCUGGUAAAAUACCUCCACAGCUAGCAAACCUUACUUCUUUGCAAGUUUUUUGUGUGCAAGAUAAUCUACUCAAUGGCUCAAUACCAUCUCAACUGGGUUCUUUAAUCUCUCUCCAGCAAUUUAGAAUUGGUGGAAAUCCUUAUCUAACAGGAGAGAUACCUCCACAGUUAGGACUAUUGACCAAUCUCACAACUUUUGGUGCUGCUGCAACUGGACUUUCAGGUGUUAUACCACCUACAUUUGGGAAUUUAAUCAAUCUUCAGACUUUAGCUCUUUAUGAUACAGAGAUAUUUGGUUCUAUACCACCUGAGCUUGGUUUGUGUUCUGAGUUAAGCAACUUGUAUUUGCAUAUGAAUAAGCUUACUGGCUCCAUACCUCCACAGUUAGGCAAGUUGCAGAAACUUACUAGCUUGCUUUUAUGGGGCAAUUCACUCUCUGGACCUAUCCCAGCUGAGCUUUCAAACUGCUCAUCACUUGUUGUUCUUGAUGCUUCAGCUAAUGAUCUCUCUGGUGAAAUUCCUGGUGAUUUAGGAAAGUUAGUGGUUCUUGAACAGCUUCAUUUAUCUGAUAAUUCACUAACCGGUUUAAUUCCCUGGCAGUUAAGUAACUGCACAAGUUUAACUGCUGUGCAGCUUGAUAAGAAUCAAUUAUCAGGUGCAAUUCCAUCGCAGAUUGGUAAUUUGAAGGAUUUGCAAAGUUUUUUCUUGUGGGGUAACUCAGUGUCUGGUACCAUACCAGCCUCUUUUGGUAAUUGUACAGAAUUAUAUGCGCUUGAUCUUUCAAGAAACAAGCUGACAGGAUCAAUCCCAGAUGAGCUUUUCAGUUUGAAGAAAUUAAGCAAGCUUCUGCUUUUAGGUAAUUCAUUAUCAGGAGGGUUACCACGAAGUGUGGCAAAUUGUCCAUCUUUGGUGAGAUUGAGACUCGGAGAAAACCAACUUUCAGGUCAGAUUCCAAAGGAGAUAGGCCAGUUGCAGAAUUUGGUAUUUCUUGAUUUGUACAUGAAUCAUUUUUCUGGUGCACUUCCAAUCGAGAUUGCCAACAUCACAGUUCUUGAAUUGUUGGAUGUGCACAAUAACCACUUUACUGGAGAGAUACCAUCUGAACUAGGGGAGCUAGUGAAUUUGGAGCAGCUUGAUCUUAGCAGAAACAGCUUCACAGGCGAAAUUCCUUGGAGUUUCGGAAACUUCAGUUACUUGAACAAGCUGAUUCUUAACAACAAUCUACUAACAGGAUCAAUCCCAAAAUCAAUUCAGAAUUUGCAGAAGCUGACACUUCUUGAUUUAAGCUACAACAGCCUUUCUGAUACGAUCCCACCUGAAAUUGGUCAUGUAACAAGCUUAACCAUCAGUUUGGACUUGAGCUCAAAUUCAUUUACUGGAGAGCUCCCUGCCACAAUGUCCAGUUUGACUCAGUUGCAAUCACUUGAUCUUUCCCAUAAUUUGCUUUAUGGAAAGAUUAAAGUUCUUGGUUCCCUUACUAGCCUCACUUCCAUUAAUAUCUCCUGCAACAACUUUUCAGGCCCUAUACCAGUAACACCAUUCUUCAGAACCCUGUCUUCAAAUUCAUACCUUCAAAAUCCAAGUCUUUGCCAGUCUGCAGAUGGGUUGACUUGUUCAUCGAGGCUUAUCAGGAGAAAUGGAUUAAAAUCUGCAAAAACAGUAGCAUUGAUUUCAGUGAUUCUUGCUUCAGUAACCAUAGCAGUUAUUGCUUUAUGGAUUCUACUCACUCGAAAUCAUAGGUAUAUGGUUGAGAAGUCUUCAGGAGCAUCAGCCUCAUCACCGGGGGCUGAAGAUUUUUCUUAUCCAUGGACAUUUAUCCCAUUUCAAAAACUCCACUUCACCGUCGAUAACAUCUUGGAUUGUUUGAGAGAUGAAAAUGUGAUUGGGAAAGGUUGUUCUGGUGUUGUCUACAAGGCUGAAAUGCCUAAUGGGGACUUGAUUGCAGUGAAAAAGCUUUGGAAAAUGAAACGAGAUGAAGAACCAGUGGAUUCAUUUGCAGCAGAAAUUCAAAUUCUUGGACACAUUCGACAUCGGAAUAUUGUAAAGCUCUUAGGAUACUGUUCCAACAAGAGUGUUAAGCUCCUUCUCUACAACUACAUUCCGAAUGGUAAUCUGCAACAGCUGUUGCAAGAGAAUAGAAAUUUAGAUUGGGAAACAAGGUACAAGAUUGCAGUAGGAUCAGCUCAAGGUCUAGCAUAUCUUCAUCAUGAUUGUGUGCCAGCAAUUCUUCACAGAGAUGUCAAGUGCAAUAACAUACUGCUAGAUUCCAAGUUUGAGGCUUAUUUGGCAGAUUUCGGCCUGGCCAAAAUGAUGAACUCUCCAAAUUAUCAUAAUGCAAUAUCCAGGGUAGCUGGAUCUUAUGGUUAUAUUGCCCCAGAGUAUGGAUACACCAUGAACAUAACAGAAAAGAGUGAUGUUUAUAGCUAUGGGGUGGUGUUGCUAGAGAUUCUAAGCGGUCGCAGUGCCGUUGAAUCCCAACUUGGAGAUGGGCUACACAUAGUUGAAUGGGUAAAAAAAAAGAUGGGAAGUUUUGAACCAGCCGUCUUAAUACUAGAUUCAAAGCUUCAAGGUUUGCCAGAUCCAAUGGUACAAGAAAUGCUUCAAACACUAGGAAUUGCCAUGUUUUGUGUGAAUUCUUCACCGGCAGAGCGGCCGACCAUGAAGGAAGUGGUAGCAUUGUUAAUGGAGGUGAAGAGUCCACCAGAAGAAUGGGGAAAGACAUCUCAACCCCUAAUAAAACAGUCAUCAAAUCAAAAUUGAAAUAAGUUUUAUUUCAGUUUCUUUGUUUUGUAUUUUAUUUCCUUCCAAGAACAUCAAUGAUGGAUUUCUCUUUUCUAUCCCAAGAAGAAAAAGAGGAGUGUUGUUAUUGAGAGAAAUGAGAAGAGGAAAAAGCUUUGGGUAGUCUUAUUAUUGGAUUAGAGAUUCUUGGGAUUCUUGUACAGCUUCUAGAAACAGCAAUGUGGUUGAAUUGCUUCA